AUGAAGAAAAACACGGAACCCUUGUGUUUAUAUGUUCUACCCAGCACUUCCGCUUUUGUGGAAAAUUACCCACUUCUGCGGCUUCGCAGGAGCGACAAAAUGCUUGCUUCUGCGGUUUCCUCCACACCUGCAGCCCCAACUUCCGCUUCUGGGGGCUCGCCUCUUCCUCCUGCCGAAUGCACUCACGCGGGUGCGAAAAUUCCCUCGCACCUACGCCCACCAGCACACCUCACUUCAAAAUCCGCUUCUGCGGACCUCACCCUGCACCUGCGAGCUCACACCUACGAUCAACGCUCUGCGGCUGAUUUUGAGAAGCAAUCUGAUCAACAAAAAACUGAAUAUCGAAUUCGUUUAAAUGCCUCAAUCGAUGUUGCAAGGUUUCUCUUGAACUUUGGAUUGUCUUUUCGUGGUCACGAUGAAAGUGAAUCUUCAAAAAACAAAGGCCUUUUUCUAGGGAUUUUGGAAUGGCUUAGAAAUAGACUUCCAGAUGUAGAUAGAAUUAUAUUAAAACAUGCUCCAAAAAAUGAUAUGAUGACUUCGCCAAAAAUUCAAAAGGAUAUUGUGAGUGCUUGUGCACAAGAGACCGUGAAAGCUAUAAUUGAUGACUUGAAUGGAGAUUAUUUUGGGAUAUUAGUUGAUAAGUCCAAGGAUAUUUCAAAUCAUGAACAAAUGGCCCUUGCUUUGCGGUAUGUUGACAAAAAAGGCCAAGUGAACGAGCCAUUUAUUAGUCUUGUUCAUGUUAGUGAUACAUCUGCAAAGUCGUUGAAAGAAGCAGUACUUUCUUUGCUAAUGAAACACUCAUUAAGUCCAUCCAAAAUACGUGGACAAGGCUAUGAUUGGGCUUGUAAUAUGCAGGGAAAGAUGAAUGGUCUUAAAGCUUUAAUUUUGCAAGAAACUCCAUUGGCAUAUUCCGUUCAUUAUUUUGCGCAUCAAUUACAGUUGACGCUUGUAGCUGUUGCUAAAAAACACAAGGAGGUAGAGACUUUAUUUGCUAUUGUUACAAACGUGUUGAAUGUAAUUGAAGUUUCUUUUAAGCGUAGAGAUCAACUUCGAGAUCAUCAAGCAGAAUUGUUGGAGCAAUUGUUAGAGAGUGGUGAAGUUGAAAGUGGGAAAGGAUUAAAUCAAGAGCGAGGGCUUCAAAGGCCAGGUUGCAAGCCGAAGCUUUUUUGA